AUGGCUGACGAAGCACCGAGCACCGUGGUGAACAGAGGGCUCGACUCCCUUGUCAAGGACCCCCGAGCCACUCAAGACUUCAGUGCCGAGGCGGACACUGCUAUUUCCACCAGCCGUGAUAUGGUCAAGGCUGGACGAAUUGAUGAGGCUUUGGACGCUCUAGCAGUGUUGGAGAAGAAGGCUCGGCAAUCCAGCGACGCGGCAACUUGCAGUCGCCUCCUAGUGGAGAUGGCCACUAUCAUAUACAAUGCGAAGCAAUUCGAUAGACUGUUGGAGAUGAUUCACGUCAUGACGAAGAAGCGAGGUCAACUGAAGCGCGCCGUUGCCGAUCUGGUACACGUGUGCAUGGGAUGGUUGGACAACUUGGAUAGGAAACAGCAAUAUGCUAUGGUCGACACUCUCUCUGAAGUCACAGAAGGCAAGAUAUUCGUCGAAGUUGAGCGCGCUCGACUGCGUUUGAGGCUUGCACACAUGAAGGAGGAAGAUGGAGAACCGAUUGAGGCCGCGAACAUCAUCCAAGAUGAGCAGGUUGAGACAUGUGGUGCGAUGGAGAAAAACGAGAAGGCCGAAUACAUUCUGGAACAGAUGCGUCUAGUGCUGCGAAAAGGCGACUACAUACGCACACAAAUAAUAUCGAGGAAGAUCAACCCGAGGCAGUUGGAGAGGGAUGAGGGCAUGCAGGAUAUCAAGAUCACAUAUUAUACGUAUCUUGUUCGCUACUGGCUUCACGAGAAGAACUACCUGGAGGUGUAUAAGUGCUACCGAGCUAUACUGAAUACUAAGAAGACUCAGGAGGAUGAGUCCAAAUGGACUGAAGCUCUGGAGUGCUCGGUGCUAUAUCUGAUCCUGUCGCCUUACUCCAAUGAGCAAAGUGAUUCUCUGUACAAGCUGCGAGAGUCUGAGAAGAAACGCUUGGAGAGCGUCCCGGUCUACAGUGAUUUGUUGAACGCGUUCCUGGCUGAGGAGCUCGUGCCAUCUCCGCUUCCCAACGAAGGGAUUGUCAAGGCUCAUAAGGUGUUCAACGAUGCUGUUGCCGACAAGGAGGCGGAAUAUUUAGGCGGGGCCGAGAGAUGGAGCCUUUUCCGGAAGCGCGUUGUCCAACAUAAUAUCGUGAAAGUGGCUGCCGUGUACUACACCAGGAUUCAUUCUGCAUCUCUGGCGAAGAUGAUUGGAGUUACUGUGGACGAAACUGAGAAGGAAGUAUGCGAGCUCGUGACUGGUGGCUUCCUUGAUGCCAAGAUCGACCGUCCCGCCGGAAUAAUCAGGUUCGGUCGGAGGCUGACUACAACCCAGCGUUUGGAUAAGUGGAGCUCAGAUAUACAUAACCUGUUGGACUUGGUCGAGUCCACUGGCCAUCUCAUCGCUAAGGAGCAGAUGAUCAGCGCUGCUCGAGCAAAGAUGCGCGCGAGAACUACGGCAGCUAAGUGA